AUGCGCGUGUCCGUGUUCCCAUCCCCUUUCAUGUGCUUCCCUGCCUCCGUCCCUGCGCACGGGUCCCCGUCACCCCAUUCUCCCCCUUCUUUCCCCCCACCUCUCCUUCCCCCCCUUCCCCCCCCUUCUCCUCGCUCUUCCUUGUCUCACCCCCUGCGCGCGCGUCUCCCUCGCUCCCCGCAGGUAUAUCUACAACUCGCGGUCGCCCUUCGAGAAGCUUCCAGACACCUACAAGUGCCCAGUGUGCUCCGCCCCCAAGCGGCGCUUCAAGCCCGUCUGUGCUCCGCGCCCAAGCGCCGCUUCAAGCCGUACACUGCGCCCGUGUCGCGCAACGCCAACGACCUGGCGGUGCGGAAGGAGCGCAAGGCGCAGCUGCAGGGCGGCGGAGGCGGGGGAGGACUGGACUGGGCGGGGAGCAACGCCGACGACCUGGCGGUGCGGAAGGAGCGCAAGGCGCAGCUGCAGGGCGGCGGAGGCGGCGGGUGCGGAGGAAUAGCGGAGGUGGCGGGUAUACAGAGGGGAAAGGCCUUCCAAUCAGUCCUACCAUUCUGGCCCGCCAUUUCCCCUCUUGGCCCUUCCCAGCACCCACUCCAUUCCCUCUCUCCUCUCUCUCUCUCCCAAACCCCACUGCCCAAUCCCUCUCCCUUCUUUCCCCCACCACCCUUCUGUAAUUUCUUCCUCGUUUCUCUGCCCAACCUGCCGUUCCCUUCUCUCCGCCCCUCCUCUUCUCCCUCCUAUUCGCCUUCUCCUUCCCCUCUACUGCACACGGCUCUUGCCCUGAUUCCUGCCUCUCCUCUCCCUGCUUCUCAACUCCCCGCUUCCCUUCCUGUUUUGCUGUUUCUCUCCCCCCUGCCCCUCACCCUCACCCCCUCCCCCUCAACCUUCCCCCCCACUUUCCUCCCUGCCCCUCUUCCCAUGCCCCUCGUCCCCCGUCCCUCCCCCCUCAUUGCUUCCUCCCUCUGCUUGGUGCCUCCAUCCCUGCUCCUCUCGGUGUUUUUGAGAAUUCUCAAAAACACCCUGCAGCAUCAUGGACUUAGAUACCCUCGGUUCGUUACAGUUACCUAG